AUGGAUUCUGUCCCAUUGGUAGUAGGCCAAAUCGUGCGCAUCGCAUACUAUACCACCGGACUUGUUCUGGUGUCCAUUGUUCUCAAUGUGAUCAACCAGCUCAUCUUCUACAACAGAAAGGAACCACCUGUUGUCUUUCACUGGGUUCCUUUCAUUGGAAGUACAGUCGCCUAUGGCAUGGACCCGUACCAGUUCUUCUUCGCUUCUCGUGCCAAGUAUGGCGACAUAUUUACUUUCAUCCUGCUAGGCAAGAAAACAACUGUAUACCUCGGGGUUGAAGGCAAUGAGUUCAUUCUCAAUGGAAAGUUGAAGGACGUCAAUGCCGAAGAGAUCUACGGCAAGCUAACAACACCCGUCUUCGGAUCUGACGUUGUCUACGACUGUCCUAACUCCAAACUCAUGGAGCAAAAGAAGUUCAUUAAAUACGGCCUAAGCCAAGAAGCCCUAGAAUCUUAUGUCCCCCUAAUCGCCGAUGAAACAAGCGCCUACAUAAAAUCAUCCCCCAAUUUCAAAGGCCAAUCAGGCACCAUUGACCUCGCCGCAGCCAUGGCCGAGAUAACUAUCUUCACAGCAGCACGCACCCUCCAAGGCGUAGAAGUACGCUCAAAGCUGACCUCCGAGUUCGCCGAGCUCUUCCACGACCUCGACCUCGGUUUCACCCCAAUAAACUUCAUGCUCCCCUGGGCACCACUACCCCACAACCGCAAGCGAGACAAAGCUCACGGACGUAUGCGUGAGAUCUAUCUGGGAAUUAUCCAAGCACGACGGGAAGCCGGAGAAGCAGACGUCAAUGGCAGGGAUAAAUCCAAAGGCACAGACAUGAUCUCAAACCUAAUGCGUUGUGUAUACCGCGACGGGACUCCAAUCCCAGACAAGGAGAUCGCGCAUAUGAUGAUCACGCUGCUGAUGGCGGGCCAACACUCGUCGUCCGCAAUUAGCUGCUGGAUCCUUCUCCGACUUGCCUCGCAGCCCGAGAUGACGGAGAAGUUGUACGCCGAACAGAUCCAGAACUUGGGUGCUGAUCUCCCACCGUUGCAGUACAAGGAUAUGGAUAAACUCCCGCUGCAUCACAACGUGAUCAAGGAGACGUUACGUAUCCACUCGUCUAUCCAUACGCUUAUGCGAAAGGUGAAGAAUCCGAUGCCGGUGCCUGGGACUGAAUUUGUUGUUCCGCCUUCGCACACGUUGCUCUCUUCGCCUGGUGUUACGGCGCGGGAUGAGCGCUAUUUCCGUGAUCCAUUGCGAUGGGAUCCUCAUCGCUGGGAGAAUCGGAUUGAGGUUGAGGAUGCUUCUGAUACGGUGGAUUAUGGGUAUGGUGCUGUUUCCAAGGGAACACGCAGUCCAUACUUGCCAUUCGGGGCAGGCAGACAUCGUUGUAUUGGGGAGAAAUUUGCGUAUCUUAAUUUGGGGGUUAUUGUUGCCACCCUUGUGAGGGAGUUCAAGUUUUUCAAUCCUGAGGGAAUGGAGGGAGUGCCGGACACGGAUUACUCGUCUCUCUUUUCACGUCCUGUGCAGCCGGCGACUGUGCGAUGGGAAGUCCGUUCAUAG